UUCCCGUGAAUUGAAGACGUGCGCGACGAUAUAAAAUAGUACGCAAUACGAUCGUAAAGGCGGGAAAAUAUUGACAGCUGUGUUAAAUUUUUUGUAUGUCUCCAUGAAACAAUACAAUAAUUAUAUUUUUAUCACACAUAUUUGGUACCAGGUAACCAACGUGAUUAAAUUAAUAAAGUUUUUAUGAGCGAGCAGUGAUGCGUGACAAGGUGAAUUUAGUGACAAUUUAUAGUGAGUGAUAUAAGAAACUUCAUUUUUGUUCUGUUUUUGUUCUGUGUACGUCUCAAAUAAUUUAAACGAUGGCUGAUACUAAGAGUGACUGUGAAAAAGAUGGUUCUGAAGAAGAGGGAACAGAAUUGGAACUGGAAGCGUUGUACAGAAGAUACUGCAUUAGACUGAAGCAUGCUUUGUUCGUGUCGGCUGUCUGCGUCACUCUACUGUGCUGCCUGGUGCUGCUGAUUGCAGUUUGUGUUCUGCACUCUCACAAUAUAUCUUCUCAAGUCACAGCGAUUGGAAUUUUGUCAGCGAUAACGUUCAUUCUAACAGUAGUGCUAGCGCUCGCGUUACUACCAGCAGCAGCGGAAUGGGAGACCCUGGCGUUCACCGGGUCAGUGCUGGUCACUGUUUGCUUGGGCGCUGGCACUUUGAUGGCAACCCAUCACGCGCCAUUACCACUGUUUGCAUUGAUUCUGAUGGUUCACACAAUGAUGCCAAUAUCCCGGUCCAUAGCUCUAGUAAUGGCUGCUGCGUUGACCCUCGCCUAUAUGGGACUUGCACUAGUGCUGGGACCACAGGGAAAAGAAGACCAGUUCUAUCACCAGUUGCUGUGUGAGCUAUCGUUACUGCUGUCGUCAAGUGGCAUCGGCAUCUACUACCGGAUCCUCACGGAGCGCGCACACAGGAAUACCUUCGCGGGCACCAGGACUUGUCUCGAGCAGCGCGUGAAGCUGGAGUGCGAGAGAGAACAGCAAGAGAGUCUGCUGCUCUCUGUCAUACCUGCCUAUAUUGCUGCUGAGGUUAAGCGAUCGAUAAUGCUCAAAAUGGCGGACGCGUGCGUUGACAGCUCCAAGCAGACACGCUUCCAUGAGAUGCACGUACAACGUCACAACAACGUCAGCAUUCUGUACGCGGACAUCGUUAACUUCACGCCGCUGUCGGAGCGUCUGAGCGCCUCUGACCUCGUGAAGACCCUCAACGAACUGUUCGGUAGAUUUGAUCAGAUUGCUCAGGAGAAUCAAUGUAUGAGGAUAAAGAUAUUGGGGGACUGUUAUUACUGCGUGUCUGGGCUUCCAGUGUCACGUCCCAACCACGCCUACAACUGUGUGAACAUGGGGCUGCAGAUGAUCGAUGCAAUACGGUUCGUUCGGGAGGCGACUGGUUUUAACGUGGACAUGCGGAUCGGCAUCCACACCGGCAACGUUCUAUGCGGGGUGCUUGGUCUACGUAAGUGGCAGUUCGAUGUCUGGAGCGAUGACGUCACGCUCGCCAACCAUAUGGAGUCAGGAGGGAUUGCUGGUCGUGUUCACAUCACAAAAGCGACUAUGAUGCAGCUCGGAGGGAGGUUCGAGGUAGAACCAGGUGAUGGUGCCUCUCGUGAAGGUUACCUCGCUGAUCAUAAAGUGGAAACCUAUCUAAUAGUGCCACCUAAGAAACUGUCUGAAAAUGGGCGUCUAUCAGUGUGCACGAUUGACCGUAAAGCCAGCAUCGUGUCAUCGAUCUGCCAGGAUGUUUCACCAACGAGGCCUCGGGAGAACAUCAGCCCAGCGACGUCCCAACACAGUAUUGUAGAGCAAGAAGUUCCGAGGGUCAUGAGAGCAGAAUCGAUUAGGAGUCCAGGGAACCUUUGUAGAAGAGCAUCAUCAGUUAAGGGUGAUGUUUUGAAAGCAGUUGCAUUUGAGAAUAACAACUUUACAAAUAGUGAUGCAAUGGGUAAUGGUGGAGUUGUCACUAAGCCAAAAAGUCGCAGUGGAUCUAUAAUCGGAGCGAUAAGUCCCAUUAUAGGAACAGAGACAAAUUCUUCAGCAUCAACCCCAAUACGGGAACAGACGGCGCCAUUGUUUUCUAGGAUGUUAAGUACAAUCUCCAUGGAAUCGACUACUACCCCAGGGAUUCCAAAUAGAUCAAGGCCCUCGAGCAAGAUGACUAAGUAUGUAGAAUGCUGGGGUGCUGACAAACCUUUUGCAAAUAUAACAGAUUCUACAUUGGCUAAGAAUAUUGGUAUUUCUAGCCUGGCAAUGAUUGAACAGCAUUUAUUGCCGCAAAAAACAUGUUGCGAUUGCAGCAAUAACUCGGAGGGCAUGAGCCGUGUCACGCUCUGGUUCAAGAAUACCCAGCAGGAGUACCAGUAUCGAGAACAGGCCGACAACCAGUUCAAGUAUAACGUGGCAUGCGCUUGCGCACUGUUCCUACUCAUCGCCUUUAUACAGUUGCUUACGUUACCCAAGGGCGUGAUUCUCUACGCAUCGUUUGGUCCUACGGCUGCAACUCUCCUAUUGUUCGUGUAUCUAUCUUGGUACGACGGCCGCUGUCCCGGUCGGGGAAUGUCACUCUUACCAGAUUCACCCGACAUGUACACAGACAACUGCACGAAACCUGGACAGAUAGUGGCUAGCAAUUGCUACAUAAGAUUAACCGUGUUUGUGGUCACCGUGGUUCUAAUUGCAGCAUGUGCAGUAAUUAACUUGUUUCAGACUUACCUGAUCCAAGAAUUCCCAAGUGAGGUUUGGUCGAGAGACUACACAAACAUGACCAAUGCCACGGGAAUCCCAAUUCACAUCGAUGUAGAAUCUGCACCAAGUUAUCUUUACAGCUCCGUGUUAACUCUCGCUUCGAUCUCCGUGUUCUUACGGAUCGGCUUCGUGCUGAAGUUGUUGUUCAUGAUAGCAACAUUGGUGACUCACAUCAGUCUGUUUGCUUCUGCUGAGCUGUUUAGCCAGUACCAAUAUAAAGAUUUUGAUACUGAGUUCUCUAUGCUGCCGUACUCAGCUAAGGCGGGUGUGGUGCUAGUAUUCCUAGCUUGUCUGUUACACAUCCUGGACCGGCAGAUAGAGUUCACGUCUCGGAGCGACUUCCUUUGGAAGGACAAGCUCAAAUUUGAACAGGAGGAGGUUGAAACCAUGCGAGGAAUUAAUAAAAUUCUGCUAGAAAAUAUAUUACCAGCGCACGUUGCUCAACAUUUCCUGACUUCCGUGGCUUCAAAGGACGAGUUGUAUCACGAGCGGUACUCUUGCAUCGCGGUGAUGUUCGCCUCCAUCCCCAACUACAAGGAGUUCUAUGACGAGACAGAUGUCAACAAACAGGGUCUCGAGUGUUUGCGGUUGCUCAACGAGAUCAUUUGUGACUUUGACAAGCUUCUGCUGAAACCAAAAUUUAGUUGCAUUGAAAAGAUCAAGACGAUAGGCAGUACGUACAUGAUCGCGUCUGGAUUAAGGCCGGGAAAAGAAGAUACUUCUGACGCUCACAGCAGAGAAGAGCAUACAGUCGCUAUUCUGGUAGAGUUCGCGGUCGCUCUCAUGUCCAUACUGGACCAGAUCAAUAGAGAGUCCUUCCAGAGGUUCAAGUUACGGGUUGGUCUAAACCACGGAGCAGUAAUCGCUGGAGUGGUCGGAGCUCAGAAGCCACAGUACGACAUCUGGGGCAACACAGUGAAUGUCGCUUCUAGAAUGGACUCCACGGGGGUCAUGGGGAAGAUACAAGUCACAGAAGACACGGCUAAAGUAUUAAUGAAUGCAGGCUAUACGUGUGAAUGCCGUGGCCCAACCUAUGUAAAGGGCAAAGGGACCCUUGUGACCUAUUUUGUGAAAACUCCCACCACGGGAGGUGGACUGUAAUUGCUAAACAGUAAUAUAGUAGGCUGUGUGAUAUUCUGUUGUGAUGUUGUUUUAAUAUUAACUGUAUAUUUAUAUCUAAUUGAGUUUAUUUAAAAUUUUAUCUUAGUUAAGACUGCACUCUGAUUAAGGACACAAUGUUGAAUAUAAUUGUAUGGGUAUGAAUAUAUAAUGUCGUUACUUGAUUGAAAUUAUUGCAACAAUCGUAUCAAAUUGAAAUAAUUGUAUUGUCCAAUUGUGUUUCCCAGGAUUUUAUAUAGUCCAAAUUACUGACAUAAUAAGAUGUAUUCUCCGUAGCCGAUUAGAUAUGGUACUUGCACAAAAUUUUAUUCCUAAGUAACCACAAUGCAUGGUUGGAAAGGUCUUGAUGAGAAAAGCUUGAAAUAUUUGAGUUUAUGUUUCUAGGUGGUCGGGAUGAAAAAUCACUCAUGAGUGGUAGUUCCUUGUUGGGUCCUAAGGGACAACCGAAAUAGGCGGCACUCCUGGAGAAAUAUCACUCGUAAUAAAGUGGGAAUUUAAAAGGGGCGUGAAAUAGCGACUCUGCCGCAGUGUUUCGUUCGGUCUGUGGGCUUUUCGGAGGCCUAACUCUAAAUACUUUAAUAAUAAUAGAACUUUAAUACUUGGCGGCAUAAAAAAGUACCACUCUGAUGCCAAUUUAGGCGGAAUCGAAUGUAAACUGAUAUGUGUAUUGCGCUGUGUUUUACAACAAAACUGUCUUUAAAAAAGCGCGUAACUCAUCUAAAACGAACACAGUCGCUAAGCAAUCUUGGGAAGAUAAAACUAUUGAGUGCCACGCCGUGCGCCGCCGAGACUAGUCGCUGCCCGAGUUAAAUUAACUGCGCCGUGCCGUCCGUGUCGUCAAUCUUUUUGUAUGUACCAACCCUAGCGCUCAAUUUCAAGGAGACCGCUGAGUUCUGCUACAACUGUUUUAUUACUAUGUUGUGUCUAAAAGAUCAAAUUCAAAUUCAAAUAUUUUUAUUCAAAAUAGGAUUUAAAAUCACUUAUUGAACGUCAAAAACUACCACCCAUUCAAAAGAGACUGCCUCAGUUCUGAGAAGAAUGGGCGCAAGAAACUCAGCGGGCUUUUUUUUAUAUAUAAAAUAUGGAUUACAAUGUGAUAUCGUACAAUAAACAUUUAUAAUUAAAGAGCCUGAGGGUGUUCGCUUUAUUCCCAGUCCGUGGUGUCACAUCGGUAAUAUUUAGUUGUGCCCCACAUUAUAUUGAUAUUGCAAAUGACUAUAGAGCGAUCAAGUGGCCUAUAUCUAUGUUUGUAUUCAUCUUCUAUUAAAAGCAAUCCUCUUACUAUGAUUUUUACUAGUAUUUUUUUAUGGAAGAGGAGGAUCUUUAAGGAAGGUGCACGCGCUUGUUUUGAAGGUACUCAGGAAGUCGAAUCGUCUCGAAAUAUAAUUAUAUAGUAAACGAAGUGGCGGUAAAUGUAUAGAGAAAAGAAAACGCGACAUUUAUAAGUGUCGUUGAUUUUGAUUUGAUUUGAUUUAAGCAUUGAUGUGCACAACAAAAAGGAUUAUUAAUGUAAUUGUUUUUUGCUAAACACGUUAUUCAUUUAUAUCUUACAUUGUUACGGACAUUUAAUUUGGAAGUGUGUGGUUCAUUGGUGAGUUAAAAUGAGUAUUGUAAAUAUUAUGAAUGCGGUAUUUGUUAAUAAUUUAUUAAAUAUAUAGAUUUACAUACAAUAUUCCAAUAAUAAAUAAUUAAACCUUCGACUACAUUAUCUUUAUAGAUUGGAUUUUAUGUAAAAAUAUGUAAGAUAUUUGUGAACUUUAAUAGUUUAAUCUUCUGACCUUAGAUUAAGGAUUGGUCUCUGCUGCACCCUAAUUAGAGACCGCAGGCGUAGUCGCAAAGUGCGGCAACUAAUACUACGUCUAAGUGGGCGUACUCGAUCAAGUCUCGAACAAUGUGUGACGUUGACGUGCCACAUGUUCUGUUAAACUUUGCUGAUAAUUGAAACUAAAAUGCCGAGUUAGCAAUUAGCAUGGUAAAAUUUUGUAAAAAUAAUACUACAAGAAAUAAGAAAUACACUGGGAUCACAUAUCAUCAGUAAGUAUUUUGUAUUUUAUUAAUGUCAAUGUAAAAUAACACGAAGCGUAUGUUAAUUUUUUUUUAAAGAUGCCAUUGAAUAUCAAGAUGCCACGCACACAAGGAUCUAAUAUUUGCCGUAAUAAAAAAGCUAUUGUUCUCAAGUAGUGCGGAAUCUAGUUAGAGCGCAGUGGAUACCUAUCUAACUGUUUAACUUCUUACUGUCUUUAAGAUUUGAAAGAAUUUUACUACCUAUGUAAAUAUAAUUUCAUAUGAAAUAUAGUCUAUUUUUAAUAAUCAGAAUGCUAAUGCUCAGUAAAUGUUAAAAUGAUAUUAAAUUUAUCAAACGUUAUUAUAAUGUUAAUAGGUAAAUAAAAUGUUGUUCUAGCAUUCAAAAUAUUUGUGUAGAUCAAGUUUAAAAUAAAUAAAUUAAGUAACCUCA